AGUUAGAAGCCUUUGGGGCUGAGGCCUGCUUUUAUUUUUACUCAGCAGUUAAACGCGAAUUAUGUUAAGUUAAUAUACGUAACUUGGGCCAAACCCGGUCUGAACCAGUCCAUGACUUUUUGGGGUGUGAUCUGAACCGGACCGAAAACCGGAGAUCACACACCAACCACGGGGAAACAGAAUUGAGGAACCAACUAGUGGGCUCGCAGCAGGCUGUGACAAGAUGACAUCAAGGAGGUGGUUUCAUCCUAACAUCACGGGAGUGGAGGCUGAGAACCUGCUUCUCACUCGAGGGGUGGACGGGAGCUUCCUGGCCCGGCCCAGCAAGAGUAACCCCGGGGACUUCACCCUGUCUGUCAGGCGAAAUGGAGCUGUCACACACAUCAAGAUUCAGAACACAGGAGACUACUAUGACCUGUAUGGAGGGGAGAAGUUUGCCACGCUGGCUGAGCUUGUGCAGUAUUACAUGGAGCACCACGGGCAGCUGAAAGAGAAGAAUGGUGAUGUCAUUGAGCUGAAAUACCCGCUGAACUGCGCUGACCCAACAUCGGAGAGGUGGUUCCAUGGACACUUGUCGGGACGGGAAGCAGAGAAGCUGCUGACAGAGAAGGGGAAGAACGGCAGUUUCCUGGUGCGCGAGAGUCAGAGCCACCCUGGAGACUUUGUGCUGUCGGUGCGGACUGGAGACGACAAGGGAGAGAGCAGCGACGGCAAGCCCAGGGUCACUCACGUCAUGAUCCGCUGCCAGCCGGACCUCAAGUUCGAUGUGGGAGGUGGAGAGAAGUUUGACUCCCUGACAGACUUGGUGGAACAUUACAAGAAGAAUCCCAUGGUGGAGACUCUGGGCACUGUACUGCAGCUCAAGCAGCCUCUGAACACGACCCGGAUUAACGCUGCUGAGAUCGAGAGCAGAGUGCGGGAACUGAGCAAGCUGGCCGAGACCACCGACAAGGUCAAGCAGGGCUUCUGGGAGGAGUUUGAGACCCUCCAGCAGCAGGAGUGCAAGCUGCUCUACAGUCGCAAAGAGGGACAGCGGGCGGAGAACAAAAACAAGAACCGUUACAAAAACAUCCUGCCAUUUGAUCAUACUCGAGUGAUGCUAAACGAUAAGGAAAUCAAUGAACUGGGCUCGGACUACAUCAAUGCCAAUAUAAUAAUGCCUGAAGUUGAGGUGAAGUGCAACAACACGAAGCCGAAGAAGAGCUACAUCGCCACGCAGGGCUGCCUGCAGAACACCAUCAGCGACUUCUGGAGGAUGGUGUUCCAGGAGAACUCCCGAGUCAUCGUCAUGACAACCAAGGAAGUGGAGCGAGGAAAGAGUAAGUGUGUGAAGUACUGGCCGGACGUGACUGUGCUAAAGGAGUACGGAGCCAUGCGCGUACGCAACGCCAGAGAAACCUCGGCACACGACUACAUCCUGAGGGAGCUCAGAAUGUCAAAGGUUGGCCAGGGGCCCGAUGACGAGCGGACCGUGUGGCAGUACCACUUCCGAGCCUGGCCGGAUCACGGUGUGCCUGGUGACCCUGGCGGUGUGCUGGACUUCCUGGAGGAGGUCAACAUGAAGCAGGAGAGCAUACUGGAGGCUGGGCCCAUCGUGGUGCAUUGCAGCGCUGGCAUUGGACGAACGGGAACUUUUAUUGUGAUAGACAUGCUUAUCGACGUCAUCCGAGAAAAAGGGGUAGACUGUGAUAUAGAUGUGCCCAAAAGCAUCCAGAUGGUGCGAUCGCAGCGGUCAGGAAUGGUUCAGACUGAGGCUCAGUACAGGUUUAUUUACAUGGCCGUACAACACUAUAUAGAAACACUACAGCGCAGGAUCGAAGAGGAACAGAAGAGUAAAAUAAAAGGAAGAGAAUAUACCAACAUUAAAUAUUCGUUGACUGACCUGUCGGGGGGUGACCAGAGCCCCCUGCCCCCCUGCACCCCCACCCCUGUCUAUGCGGAUGUGAGAGAUGAUAGUUCCAGAGUCUAUGAGAACGUUGGUUUGAUGCAGCAGCAAAAAAGCUUCAGAUGAGGUCAACCCAACUUGAGUUUCAAGUUGAAUGAGAAGAUUAUUUUAGAUCGUUGUAAACCUGCUCCAGAAUGCCUGUGAAAUGGUUAAGAAAAUGAAGACUGAAUACUGAUGGUGUAAAGCCUUUCAUUGGCCUAUCUAGUUUGUUUUUACCCUGAUGUGAAAACCACUCUGUCCUACAUGGAGCCUGGUCCUUCAGAUCCAUUGUGUCCUACAUGGACCCUGAUCCUUUAAAUCCAUUGUGUCCUACAUGGACCCUGAUCCUUUAAAUCCAUUGUGUCCUACAUGGACCCUGAUCCUUUAAAUCCAUUGUGUCCUACAUGGACCCUGAUCCUUCAAAUCCAUUGUGUCCUACAUGGACCCUGAUCCUUCAAAUCCAUUGUGUCCUACGUGGAGCCUCGUCCUUCAAAUCCAUUGUGUCCUACAUGGAGCCUGGUCCUUCAAAUCCAUUGUGUCCUACAUGGAGACUGGUCCUUCAAAUCCAUUGUGUCCUACAUGGAGCCUGGUCCUUCAAAUCCAUUGUGUCCUACAUGGAGCCUGGCCCUUCAAAUCCAUUGUGUCCUACAUGGAGCCUGGCCCUUCAAAUCCAUUGUGUUUUUUGUUGAAACAUUCUUCUGAAAUUGCUAUUUGAACUUCAGCACUUGAAAGGGUUGGGACUGAAUUACUGUACAUUUAUUACAUUUAUAGCCAUUAUAUAUGUUUGAUUUAAUAAUUGCUGACUUAAACUAUCCAACCAGCAUAGUCUAUAAAAGCUGGUUUUGAAAGUAUUUGACAUUGCUUGUACAAUACUGAAAAAUAAGUUUACCAAUUUAGGCAAAAACGGUUUUGAUGGACGGUGAAUUGGAUGCUUUUUUUGUCUUUCA